UUUUUUCGGUUUUUUUCAUAGAUUUUUAUUUUUUCAAUUGAACGGUUUAUUUGGAUUAGUAUGUUUUUCUUUUAAAACCCCAAAAAUUAAUUUGUUUUUCUAUUAUAGAUCCUUGCUUUUAUUUUUUUGCUUUGGCUUAUUAAAUGGACAAUUAAAAAUGGAAGAACUUUAAAAUUUAAAAAUAAUUAUCGUUUUAUUGUUUUGACUGGAAAAGAUGUUGCAAGAAAAAUAUUUUUUGAUUAAAAAGUAAAUUCAAAAAUAAAUUUAUAUUUAGGCACGUGAUGAUUUUGCCUUUUUUGCUGAUUAUGGAAGUUGUAUGCUUUUUGGUUAUUUAAAUCAAUCAUCAAUUAAUCAGAAACUAAAUGUUUUCGUGGCUAUAAUGGAAAGAAGGGUAAAGGUUUUAAUUUUGCUUUUUCCGAUAUUUUUCGGCACCUGGGAAGAAGUAAUGGCCCGUGUUACCCGAAACCUUGACCCGAACCCCGAUUUAGGUAAAUUUGAAAGCAAGAUCCGACUUUUUCUCAACCAGGAAAACCCUACUAGGAAAUUCCAUAAUUUUGGUUUGUUACUCAAAAACUGA